AUGGGGCUAGAUUGUGGAAUGAGGUGCCUGAAGUUUAUGUUGUGCGUUUUUAACCUCGUAUUUUGGGUAAGUGCGGAGUUUAAUCCAGUAUUAGGGCAUUGAUUUUUACAGCUAACUUUUCAUGUACGUAACACCGUUUUGUCUUCAUUUUCUUUGGAGAACAAAAACAUCAUGGAUUCGGCUUUUUGAUCGCUGUGUGUGGCUUUGACCGCUCAUUAAUGUUUAAGCUCUGUGUCACUUCUAUAACUCAAAUUUAUUACUAGAAAAACAAAUUUUUGCUUUUCUGACCCAGAUAAUAUUUUUACAGCCGCUUUUAAUAAAUCACCAAUUCGCCAGCAAUCUACCAACAAAAAUUUGAAAAUUUGACGGGCCUUUUUCGGGAUAUUAAGGCAAAAUUAUACUCUUCACUUGUUACUGGUAAAACUGAGUAAAUUAUAUAAGUUACAUUUCAUUUCAGAUUUGUUUUCGCAUUUUACUGGUUUAUCCCCUUAUUUUUAAUAUAACAAGAUAGAUGAAUAAGUUGUUACAAUAGCUUAACCUUGUUUUAACUUUCUUGUCACCCACAUUAUACCUUCGAAAAGAAGCUUUAGUUAGUUUUUUCUCUUGAUUUACCUGAGUGAUUCCUUCGGAGGAAAUUUAUGAAGCAAUUUUCGGCUUAAAGAACAUAUUAUAUUCAUUUUCCCUAUAAUUCAUUAGCUUAUAUCGCCCUUGAAAAUUUUCAUCUUUAUUCAAGAUAACUUCUUCGCGUAAAAUAAUCUUGAUUUAUUGUUCAGUUGCCAAACGCGACUAACCUGAAUCCGCCAUAUUUGUUGGCGUUGCUUUUCCCCCCCAAAAAGCUGAUCUUUUUUAUUUCCGGUCAAAUAAAACAAAGAAGAAACAUCUUGAUUUUGACUUGCGAUUUCUUAGCCUCAUCAUAAAACUUUUCUUAGAUACUUCCUCCCCGCAAAACCGAGCGAUUCAGUUCCUGUUUGUUGACAGUUUUUGAUGGUAACAUGCAUCCGCUUCGCAAAGGGAAAAUUGGGGUUUCAGCGAUAUAUAUGGAACAAAACCCAGAAAAAAUAUUUAUGAAAUUUAGACGUUAAUUUACCGAAUAAGGUUUGUAAAAGAUUGUCAUUCUUAAAUCUUAAUGGUCAGGUGGAGGAUAUAAAUACAUGACAUCUAUAAAAUAGACAAGAAGAGUGUUCAUAUAAGCAACAUGUCCAUUGUUAGUUAGUAAGCUACUUGCCCUGUAUAUGGCUCAUUUAAUUAUCGGUACUCAGUAACCAGGGCAGCAACGUAAAUCAACAAAAAUGCCAACUGCAAUUAAGCUAGAGCAAAUCUUUUAUUUUCAUUGAUCUCAAACCGACUAGAGCAAUGGUUUCUUCACAGAACUACCUUCGUACUAAUUUCCCUACGUGAGAGAUUCAGUAAUUUAAGCUGCAAGGACCUCGUUACUGUAUAUUCCUUACCCUUCUGAAUUGAGAGGGUUUUUGGUUAAAAAAAUAUCGCUCCCAUUAAUUUUCUUUAAUUUAUAUUAUUGUUUCGUUAUUGCAGAACUUAUGAGCAGCAAAAUACAUAAAAAUAUUUAUUAAGUUACGCUCAGUUUAGUGUUAAAGAGGUUUUUCGGCGCCAUAUCGUUUCGCUCAUAUUUAAUUAAUCAGCGACACCGAAAGAUAACAAGUGUAUAAUACGUAUUCUAUCUUUAUUUCCUGUUUUCAAGGAGGAAUACUGAACUUUAUAAAACCUAGUUUGUCGGAUUAAGAGCCAUGGAUUAUUAUACAUCUCUGAUUUAUCCAGAAAGUAUUCAUUACACACAUUUUGAGCUAAAACUAUAAUCACUGAUAAAAAAAAUCUGUUAUCACCUCUAAGACAAUCUAAUGUAUUUUCAUAGCUCAGCGAUAUAAUUUUCACUAUUCAAUAAAUAGGUUCAGUAAGAAAGUUUCUUUUCAAAGCGAACGUAACAAAAAACAUUUAGUAGUGAAUAAAAACAGGAGCCUACUGAACAAAAAUGAAUAGAAAAAUCACUGAAAUACAGUCUAGAGGAAUUAAAAGAAAAAAAAUUAUUCUUGUAAAAUUUGUCGUUUUCACAGGAAUUGCAAUGGAAAUUGCUAGAAAUGUGUAAUGCAGUGCGAAUAAAGUUUUUGUCCUCUAAAAGUUAUGCUUCUUGGAAGUCAAAUGGGCUUUAUUUUCACUCAAUCAUGCACAACGAGCAAUGGUAAGCGGAACGUUUGGAGGGGGAUUCUAGAUCUGAAAAGAGAACUGUUAAGUUUGUUGAUUGGCAAACUACCUGAAAAUAUAACAUUUGUCAGGACUUCACGAUGCGGUUUUGAUACAAAAAAAAACACCGACUUUUAGUUAGACCAGUUAACAUUGUCUAUGAAGGGGUUUUGAAAGGAUAAAAUGUGCCCCGAGUCGGUGACAUGGGUGCCGGAUGAAAUACAAAAAUUUGGUCUUCACUCAAAAAGAUUUAUUAGCGGGCGUUUUCGAAGAGUUAGCCAAAAAAAGACUCCUUGGGAAACAAUAAGCAUUGUUCAGUUCACAUCUCGUUUUAGACACCGACAAAAAUAAAGCGAUACUGAAGCAAGCCCGCGUUCACUUUUCACACGAAGUGUACGAUACAUGACGAUACAUGUUGUUCGGUUCACUUUCGUCUACAGGCCGCUGGUAUUGCAGUGAUGGCCGUGGGAAUCUUCGCACGAGUAAGCGCCAGUAAUUACUCUGCUCUUAUGGAUGAAGGAGGAUUCAAGACAGCAGCUAACAUCCUCAUAGCCGCGGGGGCACUGGUGAUGAUCAUUGGUGCUAUAGGGUGCUGUGGAGUGGUGAAGGAAAAGAAAUGGUUGCUUCUCCUGGUAUGUUGCGAUAUAGUAAAACUAGGCUUAAUACAACGAUAAGGAAUCGCGGUUAAUGGCCAACAACGCGCACGGUAAAAGAGCACCUUAGCUUGGCUUGGGAGUUUUUCCGGCUGGCGACGCCGGCUUAGGCAGUCUAAGUGCUGAAGAGUUUGCUGGCGUCACCCUGCGAACAGAGCCGCCUUUAGUCUGUGUAUAGACCCCCACCCCCCCUCCCCUCAGUCUGUACACAGGAUAAGCCUCCUUCUGUGCGUCUGCGAGAGGAGGAGAAAAGGGGGCUCUGUCUGUAUCCCGUCAAGCCCUUGAAGUCGAUAAGGCCCGUCAGCCCAUGUGCGAGCAUCCGUUUUAAUGAUAAAUCGAUGGUCAUAACUGAGCCCGCUGUACUAAGCGCAUGGGUAUUAUGCCUGGAAUCGAAACUGCAACAAGCAGCACAUGCUCAACAAAGAUCUUACUUGACUGAUUCCUGCACAGUCUUUCUCGAGUACGCCAAAAUCGCGUGAAAGAGGCUGUAAAAGAGGCUGUGCUAGCAGGGUGGAUGGUGUAGUUCCAUUGUUGGUCGAUAGGCACCAUUUUUUCCUAGAUCGUCGUUUUCUUAGGUGCCCUUGAGGAGUCCACUAGCAGGUCUAGACGGAGACAGUCUCUUGGCAUGUCCUAUCAAGCUGAGCCUUGAUGGGACAAAUAAGGAGUCUUGUCACUAGCAAAAAUUGGAAGAUAGAGAUCUCUGACCUUCUCGUUUGUGAUGUAGAAUCACCCCAUUUGGUAACCAAGAUCUUUCGGAGUCACGUCUAAUGCUAACCUAUUGCGUUCCCUUUUUCUCAUAAAAAUUUAGUAUUCCUUCCUGGUACUGAUGAUUUUCAUUUUGGAGAUCGCUUCAGGCAUCAUGGCUUAUGCUCAGAGGGACAAGGUAAAGCACUACUUAUACUAGGCUCCAGUUGUUUCAAUGAUGGAUAACACGGAUCAACUACCCCUCCCCUAAGCCAACAUUAACACUUACUUCUCAUUAAGGGGAAAAUGUUGGCUUACGGGAGGGGUAAGUAAACAGUUUACCAGAAAAGUUUGAUGAUCCGUGUUAUCCACUGGAUAAAACUGUUUUCAGUGAAUAGCGUGACUGGUUUUACUAAUACUUAUCCCAGCCACUUGAUAAAGAUUUACCGCUGCUGUAUAUGUUACUUUUGUGCAUGAAAAACCUUUUAAAAGGUCACGAUCUCAGUUUGGAGAUAUACCAGGGCGUUAUCCGACCUCAUACAACUGAUCACUUUUACCCUCCCUUGUCAGUAGUUAGCAAGAAGGCUUCAUCUAGGAGGUCUGGUAGCGAAUCCGAGUUACAGCAUAAGCGGUUCUUGAAUAAAGUUUAGGCCCUCAUGCAAUCCCGUACUCUAAAUCCAAUAAAAGGGCUUUACUGGCACGAUUUCUCAUCAAAAUUCUCCGUUGGAGUUCUAUAAAGGCAUCAAAAUUCAUUUAAAAAGUCUAUAUCCGGUCGAGCUUCUUCCUAGUCUUUCAGCAGCGGGAAUGGACAGAUUCUGUAACCGCCUUAAUUGGCCCCGCAGGAGGCACUCUUGUAACUCGCGCGUAUAUUAAGGAAAGUACUUACAGCUGAAAUAUACAGUCAGAAUGCCAGAAAAAAUCUCGAUUUGCUUGAACGGGGGCCGCGAGGAAUCGGUAGGUAAUGAUGACCUUUCUAUUGUUUGCGCCUGCAAGUACGAAAUGGUUAGGAUGACGUAAAACAAUGCAAUGAUACUUCUUUUGAGAUCUGAAUGAAGAGUAAGAACUUAACUAUAAUGCGCUUAUUACAUCACCAUUCCGCCUUUAUAUUUCAGGUAAUAGAUAAGAUAGAAAACGCUGUGAACAAGACCAUUACUGAAUACUACGGAAAGGAGGACAAAAAAAAAUUUACAGAGGCUGUGGACAAGGCGCAACAAGAGGUGAGAGGGAGAGUCUUGAUAAACAUCACUGCAGAGAAAAGACGAAAAACUAUCCUAACCUAGCUGAGAAAGACUGAUGAAUCUCAGUCAGUGACACAUGCAGCUCGGAAAAUGAGAAAAAUCUGAGUACUCUCAACAGGUUACUAGUCCACGGCUCUUCUACUGAGCCACAGGAUACUCGUGGUAGCUAAGGCAACAAAACUAGGUUCAUGUCACAAAAAUUCUGCAUUUUGCUAAUAUCGUAGCCUGUUGAGAACCAAAGUCUUUUAACAAAGCCAUCAUUAGCCACCAUUUGGACAUUCAAACUGACCGAGAGUUAGGGCGAGUCAGAAAAUGAUUCAAGGGAGAGGUCCCAGUGACGGAUCCAGGGAAGGGGCCAGGGGAUCCGGCCUCCCCCGUUAUUUUUAGACCACACUGAGGCCCGAAGAACAGAAGAAAAUUUUUUUAAAAUCGCGCCCGCCUUAUCUCAGGGUCUGGAUUACCACAAUUCCCCCUCCCCUCCCCCCCCCUUACCACUCCCUUAUCUGAAGGUAUAGAUCCGCCACUGGGUUGACGCGUAAGAUAAACGUCUUGUCUGCAGGCUACGACACCAUGGGUCUUUGCAAGUCACCCUCUGUAUUACGAGUAACACACUGAAAAAAAAGAUAAGGUUUUGUUAAAGCGCGCCGCUUAGAAACUAUGAAAAAUCUGUGUCUAUGAUAAAAAAUGAUCUGUGUCUUGAGCCCACAGUAACUGGCGCUCGCUGUUGCGGUGUCCCUGACUGUACUCCUGUGAAUAAAUGUACACUUUUUUUUUUAAUGUAGUGUAACUUAUCUUAUUGUUUGGCGAAGUUAAUAAAAUAAAAUAAAUUGUCUGUAGCCUUAGACGAAGUUCCUCAAACUACGUUGUCUUAGGCAGCUUAACAAAACUCUCUAUCAGGGGCGAGCAAAGACAAAAAUAUACCCUUAAUUCUCUUGCCUUCUGAGUAGCAAUACAUGGCUCAAUCAUCUGCACACGAAGUAAGUCUCAUUUUCAAACUCUUAGAGCAGAAAAUAGGUUUUCACACAUCUUUCUAUUUUGAUUCGUAGUUGAAGUGCUGUGGUGUAGCAGACCCGUCCGAUUGGUCAAAGUCCGCAUGGUACAAGAGCACUGGAGAAAAGGCAAAGGAAAAAUAUCCUGAGUCGUGUUGUAAGACAAAGGGCAAAAAGUGCAACGUGGGCGAGAAUCCAGAUAUCUACGAAGAAGUGAGUGUCAAAGGAGUAAAAUGCUAAAGUCACGUGAAUUCUGAGUCGUUGAUUACUUAAUAGUUUGAUUUGUGGUUACCGUUCUUGAUCGUAUAAUGAUAAUGAUAGUGAUAAUGAAUUUGUAUAGUGCUAAAACUAUAGAAGAAUAUUCAAAAGCGCUUUACAUUAAGUUAAAAUUAAUGAAUAAAUAAUAAAUAAAAAAAAUUAAAAAUCCCUGAAAGCUAUAAUAAUAACAAUAAUAUGUCAUGCUAUGGUAUAAGCUAAAGAAAAUUCCAAACUAAAUUAAACAUUAAACAUUAAAACUAUUCCAACAAAUUGAAAGCUUUCUUAAAAAGAAAUGUUUUGCUUUUUGAAAAUGGCGAGGCUGGUACUUGUUCUUACAGUUAUUGGCAGCGAGUUCCAUAAAACAGGUGCAGCAUGAGCAAAGGCCCGAUCCCCAAGUGUAGAGCAGUUGACUUUUAGAACGAACAGAAGAGAUUGAGCAGACGAAAGAAGAGCAUAAUUAGCAGCUGGUUUCAGGGAUAAAAGAUCUUUAAAUGUAGGAUGGACUUUGGUUGUGUAGUGACUUGUAAACAAAAAGGAGCAAUUUGAACUGAACUCUAAACGUUACUGGAAGCCAAUGUAAGUCGAUAAGCGCGGGUGUGAUAUGAUCAAAUUUCGCAAUCUGAAAAGUCACUCUAGCCGCGGCAUUUUGAACUUUCUGUAAACGAUCAAGUUGAUAUUUAGGUAGACCAAAUAGAAGUGCGUUACAGUAAUCAAGGUGCGAAGAUACAAAGGCAUGGAUCAGUGCCUUUGUGGAUUGCACGGUAAGGAAUUUUCUGACCUGUCUUAUGUUGUAUAGUCCGCGAAAAGCCUUGCUACAAAUCUUGCCUAUGUGAACAUUCAUUCGCAUAUGAGCAUCGAACCAGGACCCAAGGUCCAAUGAUAAUAGAUUCAAUAGAUGUUUUUUCAAGUUGUUGACGGGUGCCAAUAAUUAGAAAGUCAGUUUUCGCGUCAUUGAUCAUUGAACGAUUUCCAAUAAACCAAGAGCGAACAUCAGCGAUGUACUUUUCAGUCACUGACAGCUUUAAUUUCCGAAUGGAUAGAACAAGGUCGGAAGGAGAGGUAAAUCUGGGUGUCGUCAGCAUAACCGUGGACGGAAGGGAGGUGCUGAGAAAUAAUGCUAAAGAGGCGGGAGACGUAGAGAGUAAAUAAAAUAGGUCCCAUACAACUGCCCUGGGGGACUCCACAGUUCAGAUUGAAGUAGUCAGAAGUCUUAUCACCGACGAGUAUACGUUGUUUGCGACCAGACAGAAAUGAGUCGAACCAAUUUAAAGCAGAUCCGUCGACUCCAAAAUCCUGUUGCAAAAUAUUCAGAAGAAUGGAAUGUUCAAUGCUAUCAUAAGCAGCACUUAGGUCCAAAAGUACGAGAAGUGUCACUUCGUUAUUAUCCAUACUCAUUAAGAUGUCGUCUUGAACCUUUAAUAGAGCAGUCUCUGUCGAGUGAUACUUACGGAAGCCGGACUGGAAUUUAGGAAGAGAGGCAUUUUUCUCACAGUGGACGAGAAGUUGUUGAAGUGCAGCCUUUUCCACUACCUUGGAAAUGAAUGGAAGAUUGCUGACUGGACGGAAAUUUUUGUAGACCAAAUCAAGUCCAGGUUUUUUCAAUACAGGGAUGACAACAGCGGUUCUCCAAUUUUCUGGAACGCAACCACUGAGAAAAGAGAGAUUAACCAUCUCAGUGAUAGAGGGCGCUAAUACAUCAAGACAGGACUUUACUAGCCAUGUAGGAACAGGAUCCAACCGACAAGAGGCAUUGGAGGAUUCUCGAACAAUCUUACACACUUCUCCUAUGGAUAGCGCAGAAAAAUUCUCCAGAUUCUCCUUUGGAGAAACAGGAGCAAGUCGAGGCUCUUGAACUUGAAACUUGUCAAGAUUUUCCUUGAUGAUUUCAAUUUUUUUAGGAAGGAGGUGCCAAAUUUGUUUGCUAGCUUUGUGGGAUCAUCGUGCUCUGGAAGAGCCGUCUCAAGUGGUUCCCUGGACAAAGAAUUAACCACACGAAAUAGCUUGCGACAGUCACCCGCAUACUGAUCAAUUAGGUUUGAAUAAUAAUUCACACGUGCAGAUUUAGGAAGUGCAGAGUACUGAUUACGAACUUUAUGGUAUAGAGCCGGUAUAGAGUGUUUUGAAAUGAAGUGACCUGCAGCACUGGUUUCAUAGCUAAAACGGCCAACGUUGAGUAAAGUGGAAAUGUUCUGCACGUUUUUAAGAGCUUAAGGAAUGGUUUCUGUGUUUUUUAAUUAUUAUUCUCCAAGCCGCACCGUUUUGUGAUUGCUAUGGACAGUUUUUCCAUGACAGCAUGUAGUCAAUGAGUAAAAUAAAGGGGCCCGGGAUAGGUAAUUGAAUAGAGCUGACGUUGGCUCGGUCUUCUAUUUAGUGAUACAGUGCCGUAGCCAGACCAAACGGCCAACCGAGGCAGGCGGGAGUUGCUAGGGGGGUUCGGGGGCGUGCCCCCCCCCGGGAAAUUUUGAACUUUAGUCUCUCGGAAAUGCGAUUUGCAGCGUUUUCUGGGCCUUUCGGUAACUUUUUUUCGAGUUAAUUUAAGUGGAAUUUAAAAAGCAAUAAUCAGAAACAAGCUACAAAAUCUGGGUGACCGUUAACCUCGCCAAUGGUUUUGAUCAGUAUUUGUUCAAAAAAAAUUUGAGUUAACGUACGUAGCCCCUUGAGAUCGAUGAUAUGGUAAUUUUGACUGAAUUGCUGAAUUCUUUGUAAUAUCAUGAUACGUUAAAAAUAUCCGAUGAUCGCUUAUGUAAAAUAAAAAUGAUCGGCGAAAUUCGUCAAAAUUUUACCGAGGCGAGUGCCUCGGUUGGCCUCAUACUAGCUACGGCGCUGUGAUAUAACAUGAAAGGAGCACUGUAUCUUCUCUUGAUGACCAUCACAAUCAUUAUUAUCAUUUUUAACAUAAUUUUUAUCAUUAACAUUAUCAUUGUCAUCAUAGACUUUAUAAAAAGGCUUGAGGUCGAUGAAAAGCCAGUAAUCUUCACCAUCAUCAUCAUCAACACCGACCCAAAUGAGCAAAUCUGAACCAUUUUUCUCCCCAGCUGCAAAUAGCUUUCUACUCUUUUUGAUUGCUUUGAUCACAGUUCUCAACUUCCCGGUAACAGUAAAUGUUAAAAUUUUAAACUCAGCUAGUACUUACUGUAUUGGUAUUGAUAUCUUCCAGGGCUGCUCUAAUGCACUCCAAAAGUUUGUUAAAGGAAAAAUGGCAGUGAUUGGAGGAAUAGGAGUCGGGAUCGCCAUUUUACAGGUCAGAAAUAAUUUAAUUACUUGAAAGAAGCAUCACUCCUUAAACGCAAAAAAUAAUUUUGGUAAUUGUGGGAGUAGCUCCAUAUUGAUUACUAUUUUUCUUCUUUGCAGGUUAUGGGCGUGGUUUUUGCCAUUUGCUUAUACCGAUCAAUUGGAUACGAGAAGAUAUAGUGACAUCAGGAAACAUGGGAAUGAAUGGGGACAACUGUUCAGUGAAUUGGAUAAAGGGAAAAUUUGCGUUUAAAAAUUAUUACGGAAAUUUAUUUUUGUUCAGGCCUAGAGGCAUUUGUUAAUAUGUGAAUGUUUUUUCCAUCGGUAGGAAUUCUUUAAGAUAUGAUUAUCACACUUUUCUUUAAAGACUCAAUAUUUUUCUCGAAUUAAGACAUGGCAAGGACCCGCCCAUUGACGGAUCCACAUUUUGAGGUACAGGACGGGGGAGGGGCGGAUCGGGGUGAGGGUUGGGCCCCACGGACACAUCCCCUAGAUUCAAACCAAGACCCAUACUUGGACCAAGAGAUUUCUCUCUUGUUGGAGCACAUUCUGGACAUUGCAAAAUCGAAAUAGGGAGGAAUAUCCUCGAUGUUACUUGAGAGGAAAUCGCUGUUAUAAUGUUACUGGCAAUAUAAACACGGCGUGUUUAUGGCACUCCGAUUUUAUGAAGAGAAUCACCAGCGUAUAUAUGUCUAAAAUGUACUCCAAAAGAACACUCUCAAGUUUAGCGUCUCUCGAGAAAUGCAAAUGGUCUCUUGCACUGGUCACGUUCGCACUAGGAGCCCAUCCCCUCAAAGUCCCAUCUGCUGCUGAUUAAAUAAGCGUCACGGCUCCUUAUAAAUUCAAUAUAUUUGUUCAUACUAUAGUAACUGUUGAAUCGCUUCCUUCGCUAAGUUCUGCUGUCUCCGAACUACUUUCGCUCGACACACAGGCGCAUCGACCAUACUACUGUUUAUUUGCUGGGAUCAAGCUCUGCUCUGAUUGGCUAAAUGAGAAGAAUCUAUGAAUAGCCUUCAAGAUUCACAAGCUUUGGCCCAAGCUCCUAGGUGAUGGGAUCCUCUUUGUAACUAACGGUGUUUAAGAGUUCCUCUUCACCGAUCUUUCAUUCUUAACCCUCGUGGUAAGAGAGGCGGAGAAAGCAGGUGUAAGGGUAGGAAGCGAAUCAAAGACUGCCCGGUGGAGGGAUAUACGGUAAUAGGAUAUUUUUCCAGCGGGUUUUUUCAUUAGCAUUUCUAGUGUACAGUUCGUCCAAUAAAAAUAGAAAAUGGUUGAGACUAGAAUGGAUACUUUAAAAUCAGGUUGGACUCCUUAAUAUAUUUAUUAUACAACACUAUACUCAAUACCACGCCAUACUAUAUUUAAGCGAAUUUACUGGGCCCAUUUUUGAGAAAAGUGAGGAAAUCAGAGUAAAAGACAGUUGUGCAAGGAAAAGAGCUGAAUACAGGGUUUGGCACCGAAGUAAAGUGAUGGGCGGGGUUAAGCACUGUUUUUAAAACGGUUAGCUUUCAAUAAUGCAAUGAUCAAUGCCACGUACGGUACGUUAAAAUUAACCGGUGUCUACAGUUAGCCCUUGGUGGUCUGGUGGAUACGGAUGUGGAUUGUAUAUCAAAUGAUGCGGUUUCAAGUCCUACAUACUACCAAUUUUUUUCUUCUGUUUUCUUUCUUCUCUUAUUUACUACUUUAAGGUGGCUCCGUCAUUAAUACAGGCGCAUUUAGCCGUAGCGAAGUUUUCGUCAUAACUUUUUCGUUUUUAACGCGAUGGCUGCGAAACUUUGCAAAGAACAAAAGAUAUCAUUCGGCAAUAGUGCGAAAUAUUCUGAUUUCAUUGAUGGUAAAUAUAUUUUGCUAAAUUCAAUAGCACUUAAAAGGACCCUACUGUUCAAGAAAAUCGCGUCUAAUAAAAAAAUUUGCUCAUAUUUUUUACUGAAAUUUCUGGUAACGGCUUUAAUUGAUAUAAUAAAUAUGCGAGAGGAAUUUCAGAAAAAAAGUUGGAGCAGAAGUCCGUGACUAAAAGUCGCUCAAAAUUCAGCUGUGAAAUUGUUUUGGAAUUUCAAAAAUAAAUUACUAUCAGGUAGAGGGAGACACCAGUUUGAAUUUUCGGAACAAGUAAAUUCAAUGUUUGCUAAUUCUUUAAAAAAAAGCCGAUUGCCUAUCGUGCUAUACUUUAAAAGUACUUUUUAGUUUAAAAAUCACUAUAAAUUACUACAAACCUUGCUCUGAAGUAGAAUGACUUGCUCCUCGAUAUUUUUAAAAUAUCCCUUGGAAGUUUGGCUGAAAUUCCUGCUGCACAAAUUUUGAUGUAUUGCAAUGCAUAUUUUCAACGACUUUUACUGCUGUUCUUGCUUCCAACUCUGGAAAAAGGUAUUGAGAUUGGACGCUACCUCGUAUCAUAGCUCAGAUAGAACUGCCCAGCACCUUUGUUUUUGACUACAAAAUGAGCAGGAGUGGCAGUUCUGCGAAGAAUUCGCACCUCACCCAGGGGGGACGAACGACAAUGAUGCCCAUGUCUGCGAACCGAUCUGUAUAAACACGUAUUGCAGAGCAAAACAUAAUAAUCAAGAAAAGACUUAAUUACUUCCCCUAGGGAACUUUUCUGGUGUCGCCUGUAGAUUUUGGUAGAACUAUAGAGCGCUUUCACUCACGUUGCCAGCAUCUAUGCAAAUUUACAGGAACAAAAGAAAGCGUCUUUUAAUUGCAUAUCACUAAAGUCAACUCUUACAGGACUGUUUUGAAACACCAAGAUGGCCGCCGUUUCAUUGUUUUGGAACACCAAAAUGGAUGCCGGGACGCCAUGUGAAAAUGCUCUAGUGAAGUGGGUGAAGGCAAUCUCUCUUGGUGAAGGGGAGGGGACUGAUUCAAUAAAAUUCGUUUGUAUUAGUUAUGAAUAGUAUUGUAUUCUCAAACGUCUUUACUGUACAAACUGAACACUACGAGCCGGUGAAGCGCUCAAGACAUGUAAUGGGUUUUCUACCAGAAAUGGCAUAUCUCAGUGACGAAUAAAAUAACC